AUGAUCCGUACCCUUGUUCAGCUGUUUACGAGUCGCGCAGAGCUUCUGGAUAAGGGAGAAACGACGGCGGAGCACGCUAACCACCAACGUGAAGAAGCGGAGAAAGUAGACACGGAUAAGAAAAAUACACACCCGAGGGAAGGAGGCUUGUUUCGCGGCACAUUCAGUAAAGCGAGAGCACCACCUCCACAACCGAUCGUCGACCUGGAAGAUAACGUUGUUCGAUGUCCGCACUGUUCGUGGGAACUCGAAGAGGGGACCGACUGCACGCAAUGUGGAUAUCAACAGGACAUGGACUCCUUCACAGGAGAGUCGGAUUAUAUGGACGAAGACGAUAUGCUGUCUGAAAUGACGGAUUACAUGGAUGAUGAAUAUGAGGACGCCUUUGGGGACGUCGAUGUGGACGACUUUUGGGGUGAUCUGCCCGACGCAUUCCCUGUCGAGUUGGCGUCCCUUUGGGGUGUCCAUGGUAUCCAUCGCCAUAACGGCUAUCCGUCCAGGCCACAGUUGCCAUACGCUCAUGCAGGUUAUGAUGACUGGCCUUCACUGCGGGCUGCAAUGCAUGAUAGCUUGGAUGAGGAAGAGGAGGAAGGUGAGGAUGAGGACGAAGACGAUGGAGAGAUGGACUCUUUUAUUGACGACGAUUCGCAUCUUGGCGAGGGCGAUUACUCUGAAUCGGACCGAUCUACAGUUGUUGGGGCCCACGAAUACAGUAUGCCCGACCAUAGUGACGAUCACGCCGCAGCUCCUUACCCACCAUCAAUUUCCGAUUCCUACAUCAGUUCCGAAAUUACGGCAACUGAUGGGGAGGGGGUAGACGAGGACGAGGACGAGGACGAAGAUCCAGACGACGAUAGCGACGAGGAUGGCGAUGAUGAUGAUGACGACGACGAGCCAGUACGCCCAGCGGUGGGUGGCAAUCGGCGUCGUCGAUUACCGUCGUAUCAAGUGGUCUCCAGCUCUCCGGCAUUCGAUACUUUGCCAUCCAGAAAUGCAUCCUUUUCUCUCUCACAUUCAGCAUCGUCUCGCCUGGAUAGACGCCCACAACAGACGCCUUCCGCGGGCACGUCUGUAUCAACUGCGAUACAUGUCGAUGAUGAGUCCGACGAAGGACCUAUCGGCCCUGUGAGAAGAACAAGGGAGAGAGGAAAUUGCCGGCGAAGAAUCUACUAA